AACCACAGAUCUGCCUGCCAUUUUCUCCACCACAGAUCUGUGCAAGUGCAACCCGGCUCCCCCACACUUCUCCGCCACACUUCGUCCACCUCCGCCGCGCGCUCCGACUCCGGUGUUGACCGCGGCAGGGGCCUCCCCUUGUCAUUAUUAAUUAUCCUCAGAUAUCUUCGUGAGGAUCCAUGGAGAUCGCCAUCGGCGCUGCGCGCUGGGUGGUGGGCAGGGCGCUGAGCCCCGUGACGGACGGCCUGCUGGAGUCAUGGGCGGCUAGCUCUGAGCUUGGCCCCAACGUCCGCGCACUCAAGCUGGAGCUGCUCUACGCGCAAGGGAUGCUUAACAAUGCCCGCGGCCGGGACCUGAGCAACCCCGCGCUGGUGCAGCUGUUGCUGGAGCUCCGGCACCUUGCGUACAACGCCGACGACGUGCUGGACGAGCUGGAGUACUUCCGCAUCCAGGACGACCUGGACGGAACGUACGAGACCACGGACGCCGCCGACGACCGGGGUCUCGUCGUCGGAAUCAUCUUGAACGCUCGCCACACAGCCAGGGCCGUUGCGAGAAAGCUCAAGUUUUCCUCAUGCUCGUGUGCUUUCGCGAGCCGUGAUGAUCGUGACGAGGAGCAAGAAGAUGCAAAGCAAGGAUGUCUCUCGAGUUAUUGCUCAUGUGGUGGGCGAAAAGAUCGUGACAGCACAUCACCACCACCACCACCGCCGUCCAACAAUGGCGACCUGGAGGUCCACAUCGGAUGCAUGGCUCAGGUUAUUUCAAGUGCUCAUAACAGCGCCCGUGCUGUCGGUCUAGGGUUACUAGAUACCAGGGAUCAAAACAAGAGAACUGAAGAUAUUGGAGAAGAUUAUUUAAAUGAUUUGGUCGAUUAUGGAUUCUUCCAAAAGAAUUUCAAAGAGGAUUCACAUCCUUAUUAUUUGAUCCACGACCUACUACACGAGUUAGCGGUAAAUGUUUCAUCAUAUGAAUGCCUUGUCAUACAUGGUUCUAACGUGAGGUCAUUACAAAUUCCUGCAUCUAUACGCCAUUUGUCUAUCAUUAUUGAUAAUGAAGAUGUCAAGGAUAGAGUAGCAUUUGAAAAUUAUAAGAUGGAAUUGAGUAUAUUAGGUAGACGAUUGAGAACUGAAAACCUACGUACUUUGAUGUUGUUUGGGAAACACCAUGGAAGCUUUUCCAAGAGUUUUGGUGAAUUGUUUAGUGAAGCAAAAUCCCUUCGUACUAUAUUUUUGUCUGGAGCAUCUUAUAAUGUGGAGGAUAUAUUGCAUAACUUUUCACAACUUGUCCAUCUUCGCUACUUAAGGAUCAAGGGUUCUAAAUUCACUGUGAAAAGUCAACCCAGCGGUAUCUCAAGAUGUUAUCACUUGUUGGUCCUAGAUUUACAACAAUGCAAAAAUCUUCAUGGUUCUCUAAGAGAGAUUCGCAACCUUGUGAAACUCCGUCAUUUUCUUGUCCCAAAUGAAGAGUUUCACUGUGAAAUUUUUGAGGUGGGAAAAUUAAAAACUUUUCAAGAGUUAAGGAAAUUUGAGAUCAAAAAAGAAAUGAGUGGCUUCGAACUGAAGCAGUUAGGGCAAUUGCUAGAGCUCCGAGGAUCGCUGGCAAUUUGUAAUCUUGAAAGGGUAGAAGCAAUAAAGGAAGCAGAUGAAGCAAAACUAGUACACAUGAACUACUUGCACAAGUUAACAUUACACUGGGAUAUUGGCCGAUCUAAUAAGGAUCCGAAACAAGAACAUGAUAUUCUUGAACGUCUUAAGCCACAAAGUGAGCUUCGAGAGCUCUGCAUCAGAGGGCAUGGAGGUUCUACUUGCCCAACUUGGCUAGGUAUGGACCUUUCCAUUAAAAAUUUGGAACAUCUAUGCCUAGAUGGUGUAGCGUGGAAUAGUCUUCCAGCUCUAGGGGAGUUGUGGAUGGUUAAUGAGCAUGGUGAAGAGUACAGAUGCAGUAUUAGAGACCAAAGUUUUUGUAAUUUGAAAAGGGUUGAGCUUGUUAACAUAGAAAGACUAAAGAAAUGGUGUGGAAAUGGGACUUCUCAUUUAUUCCCACUUCUAGAGGUACUCGUUGUUAGGGAUUGCCCUAACCUUAUAGAGUUGCCAUUUUCACAUGUUAAUGAGCAUGGUGAAGAGUACAUAUGCAGUAUUAGAGACCAAAGUUUUUGUAAUUUGAAAAGGGUUGAGCUUGUUAACAUAGAAAGACUAAAGAAAUGGUGUGGAAAUGGGACUUCUCAUUUAUUCCCACUUCUAGAGGUACUCAUUGUUAGGGAUUGCCCUAGCCUUAUAGAGUUGCCAUUUUCACAUUCUACUUGCCGUCAAGCAGAACAAGAGGAAAACAUGAGUAGGUUUCCCAAGCUACGGGAAAUAACUGUAUCAAAGUGCCCACAUCUAUUGUCACUGCCAGCUAUUCCUUGGACUGCUCUAUGCGAUGCUAAAAUAUCGCAAGUGGGUGCCGGUAUUGUGGACUUAUCUUACAUGAAACAUCAGCAAAGAAAAUCUAUCAAAAAAGAUGGGGGAGUGCCCUCCCAUGCCUCUAGAUCACAUGCAGAUGCUAGCAUCUCUGAAGACCCUUUUCAUAGGGAACUGUACUAAUGUCUUGUGGCCGGUUGAAAGUGAGAGCAAGGCACGAUAUCAGCUUCCAGUUGAGAACCUCUACAUCGAUGAAUGUGGUGCUAGUGGGAUAGAAUUGACACAGCUGAUGUCUUAUUUCCCUAACCUCUCAAUGCUGGAUC